AUGGUGCGGACCAAAGCAAACUACGUCCCAGGAGCCUACAGAAAGGCGGUGGCUUCUCAAGCCCCUAGGAAGGUGCUUGGCUCCUCCACCUUUGUCACCAAUUCUUCAAGUUCGUCGAGAAAAGCUGAAAACAAGUAUGCAGGAGGGAACCCAGUCUGUGUGCGCCCAACUCCUAAGUGGCAAAAAGGCAUUGGGGAAUUCUUCAGGCUGUCCCCUAAAGAUUCUAAAAAGGAGAACCAGAUUCCUGAAGAAGCAGGAAGCAGUGGCUUAGGAAAAGCAAAGAGAAAGUAA